ACACCGACAGUGAUGCACUUUGAACUUCAGAAGUCGGGCUGAAAACUGCGCACCUUGCUCACCGAGUCUGCCUGGACCACCGGUGGAAGUCUUGGGGGAAGUUUUUCUCUGAAGCCUGGACAUGUACAGCUCAUGUGGAUUGAGAAGAGUUUGAAGAAGAAAUGGACAGUUUGAGUCUGGAGAAGGUUUCAAUAGGAGUGCCAUCUGGGCCGUCUAUUUUCACAUUUGUGCCAUUGGUGCAGAAAUUACCAUUUGAAAGCCUUAUUACUGAGGAGGACGGAUCUGGAGCAGGAACAGGAAAAACAAAUAAGAUCGCUGCCGAGUCCCAUGAGAGGACGAGCGGAGAGCCCAUGUUGGAAGGGAUUACUUUCAAAGGAGAGAUUGUCUUUAUCAAGGACGCCGUGGCGGGAGGAGCAGGAAGCCAAAUCCCAGCGGAGACAGAACUUAGAUUGAAGUCGUCAGAGGAUCACAUGAGCUGGUCUCACACCAAAGCCUCUCCCUCCGUCAGCGCCCAGCCUGAAAAUACACCAGACCACACCGCCGCCGUGACAGCAUCUAUGGAAACAGCUGUUGAUAAACACAGGGCCGUUUCCCAGCGGCAGUGUCACGAUACUUCUGGACGCGCUGAGGUUAGCUCGGGUUGCUUUGCAAAUAGCAGGUUAGAGGAGAGGAUGAGCCCCACAUGCUCCGCAGACCUGUUCCCCACCCUGGCUUUGUCCAGAGAGUCCCUUCUCUCAGACAUCUCGGACAAAGACCGAUACUGGUCUUUCACCCAGGCCUCCUCUGUGACCUCCCCAGUCUCUUUCAGCCGCACUGUUUCCCCCUGCUCGUCUGUCCGCUCCGGCAUGUUCACGCCCUCUGUCACCCAGAUCAAGAGGCACUUUCUCGCUUCCGGCUCUAGUCUGGCUCAGAAUCCUCAAACCUGUUUUUCAUCCUGUGAGAGCCUGUUCUCCUCAAUCUGUCCCCAGUCCCCUCCUCCUCGGCACCGGCCUCCUCUCACCAGACUCUCCCUUCUCACGGCCAUCCUGAGAAAAGGCCGUCUUCCUGUUCUGUCUGCUGCUCUGCAGAGGCCUUACACCCCCUGCUGGCCUGUUAACCCUGUGACCCUUUCCUUCUGUAACGCCUGCUCAGCAGCCUCCAACGUGGCCUCCAUUCCCCUGGAGUUUUCCUCUCGCUGCUCCUCAUCUGUUUCUAUAGAUAGUCAGAGCCUCCUUCACAAGCCUAAAAGAUGCGUUGUCUCUCCUCUGCCUAUGCAGUCAAACAAGCUCAACAACAGAACAAGCCCUCAAACUCAAGGCAAAAAAUGCUCAGAGCAAAUUCGCUCAGGCAGAGUGCCUAGAUGGGAGCAGGUUAUUUCACCUCCACCAGUGGAAAAACUAUCCCGAGCUCCGCUGCCUCUGUUUUGCUCAAACGUGAAAGCUGUGUCUCCAGCAGAGCACGACGAAACACUCGACUGUGCAACUUCCCAAAAACUGCAACAUAGGCAAACCUCCGUCUCUCAGUCGUCUGAGUUGAAUGCCCGCAACACUCACAAGCACCUCAAGGGCCAUGAAGAUAAUAACCUUAACAAUCUCAUCUCCCUGUCCCCAAAACUUCUUAAUGCGCAGGAGAACUCCGCGCCCCAGAAAUGGAAUCACCCGUCAAAUUCGUCUCUCUCAAGGCUUCAUUUGCUUUCUCAAAAACUGAGUUCUUCACCCGUCUGCCCUCCUCAGCUUCAGCCUCCUCCCUCACGCUCGCCCACUCUCACAACUUCAGUGUCGCCUCUCCCUCGUUUACAAAACACCAGAGGAAGGUGUGAGUCCGAGAGGAGAUGGCCUGCUUCCAAAGCUUCCACAGCACCAUUGCAGGCUUUCCACAAAGCUGAUUGCCUGUCCCCUUCCCACUACACACCCAUCAGUUUUCUUGGAUGGCCUUCACCUGCCGGCUCCCCUACGCCCACACCUUCUCCUGCUCCACCAAUCAGAGACCUCACCCCGUCCCCUUCCCUCUCCCCGCGCUCCGCGACUCCGUCGUCGAGGCCGGGUAGCAGAAUAUCAGACUGCAGUGACAGGGAGGGUAAAAAAAGAAAGAUAAAUAAGAUGAAGUUAAGCUACAAAUCCCUCGCUGCAAUUCCCACAAACACUCUUCUGCAGGAUCAGCAGGCGAUCGAUGAGCAGGUGGAGAGAGAGGAGAGUCCCUGUGACUCACUGGGUCGAGGUGCUGCAUUGGACAGAGGUUUUGCAGACACUCACGCUGAGAUGUGCUCGCCAGCUCAGCUCCGCCAGCAGUCAGAGGAGCUUUAUGCAGUUAUUGAUGAGGUUUUGGCAAACUCCAGUCCAGCAUCCUCCAGGUCAUCCACUCCCAAUUUUGGUCUACAGAGCAACUCUACACUGCCAAAAUCCCUGGGACGGGAAACCAAAUAUGCAUCUUUAGGCAGCUUGUACCAGUCUGGCAGUGUGGACAGAAAGCUGAUGGAUCAUAGAAAGACGAAGCCCGGGGUUAUUCGCCCGAUGACGGCCAUUCCUAGACUGACUGUGCAGGAUAUGGAAGAAUUUCGUCCAAACCCCUUCAGGCAACCUGAUCUCAAACACACUUUAACUGACAACCAAAGGAUGGUAUAUGUGAGUCCGGAAGAGGCAGGAACACAUUUUGAAAAAGGCAAAACGAUGAGAGAUUGGAGGACGACUGAAAGAAAAAGUCCAUUCUCCGUUUGUGACCUGCAGAUUACAGAGUCCGAAGACCAAACCACUCAGUGUGCCAAAGAUGCCUCAGCACCUUCCAGUCAAACUGAGGGGCGGAUGAAAGCUUUUGAGACUCAUAUUUAAAGGACAGUACACCCUGCUUCUUUCAGUUAACAUUAAUCUGCCAAGACAAAUUCAAUAUUUGAAAGCAUUUCACGCCUAAAGGAUGAAUGAGAAUUAAAAAAUGUUUAUUGGACCUAAUGGAAAAAAUUGAAUGAGUGCAUCACCAUAUGUACAGCUUUUUCCAGCUGCUCAAAGCAUGCAGGGUUAUAUAUGCCAUAAAGAGUAUGAAACAACAUGCAAUUCACUGUUUACUAAUUCUCAAUACACUGAAGGCUAAUUUAUGCUCAACGUUAGAUAUCUAAAUGGUCACAAUUGGAGCCUUCUGUCAACACUCUGUUCAUUUCAUCCAUUUGUGCAUGUCUUCUGAAAACCUAAUGGAUGCAACAGACAAAACAGAGCAGUACCACCUUCGAUCAUGGGGGAAAGGGGGAAGUGCAGUCAAUAGUUCAAUCGAAACGAUCAUAGCACAUGAAGAAGACAUUUCAACAAUGGUUGAACUUUUUGAGGAGAUACUUUGGCCUUUACAUGAUGUUAUUUUGCUCAGGCAGCCGGGACAAACACUGCCUUUAAUAAUGCAAAAAUUCCCGACCAUGAGAGUCCAGAGGGUGUGUUAACUACCAACCAUGCCAACAUAAAGGACGCAGGGAACUAGGUGGGCAUUUUGACAUCAUUCAAAACGGAUGUAUCCCUUUUUGUAUGUAAUGGCAGCAUCAAUGAGCAUUAAACCUGUCAAGCUUUCUGUUCUCCCUCACAUGUGCAGUUCACCGUGACUACUGGAGACAGUUAAUUGGCAUCAACAUUUUACUGGUGUGACGCUUAGAUAUAAAAGUGAAGGCUGAGUGUGAAGAUGCCUGUGGUCCAAAAGUCUGAUCCAUGAGUACCAAUUACUGAAAAUGCUGAAAUUACUAUGAGGUUAAGAGGAUGACAGGUGUUGCAGCUUGUGUAAUCUGACCGCAACCUGGUCUUCAGAUGGUUUUGGUCACAGACAUUGUCAGACCCAGUCCCUUCCAAAAGCUGUGUGUAUAUGUGUGUUCGCCUUGUCUGACAUGUAGUUCUCACAGAAAAAUAUAAGAUGAGACUGUUGUUUUUCGCACAUACUUGGUAGAGCAGAACAGAAACUCAAUGUUAAGAUGUUGAUAUUAUCAGACUAAUAAUGUGAAUGUCACCCUAUUUCAGAAGAAGAAUAACAGGAGAAUCUAAUUAUGAGAGAAUCAUCUGAGUUUUGAUACAAAUGGUGGCUCAUUAAGGGGUUUCCUGUAACAGUUAUACAAGACCUGACGUCCAUGUUUUCACUGAAAGGAAACCAAGAAUGGCACUGAAAGCUUUUCUUGAUGGAAAGAUGUUUAGGCUCUUCUCCCAACUGGCUCCAACAACAAUGAUUUACAGUGAUAGACAGAUGAUUCAUCCUGCUGCAUGUGUUCUGAAGUGCUUCGCCAAACAAUUUUCCAACAAAGCCUUCACAUAUGUUUCUGUGUAUAAAAAAGUAUAUAUAAAUAUAUAUAAAAAACACAUCUUCUCUGUCACUUUGAGAAGAAUAUCCAAUAGUGAGGAGAGAACUGAACUAUAAAAUAGCCCUUAUUUUUUCUUGGUCAAGAGAGAGCUCUGUUAUUUUAAAGAAUUGUAAAGACUUACUGUAUGCCUUUUAUAUGCUGAAGUCACAAUAUUCAAUAUGGUGAGAGUAAUAUAUAUGCUUAUAUAACAGUUGUGCAACUAUGUAACUCAUCACUCAAACAAAAUACUAUUUUAAUAAUGAAAAACGAUUUCUGGAAAAAAGUGUUAUAUGUAAUAAAGGAUUUCCUCUUGUU